CCAUAUAGCAGUUGUAGCUGGUUGUAGCCAUGUUGCUUUGCUCGGUGAUUGCUUUAUAUUUUUCUAUGGUGUAUAUCAAUAUUAUAUUUGUCAUGUUAGUACGAAGUGCGUGACAACAAUACAAAUUAUUGUCGUUCUAUUAUAUAUCGUAGAUGGUUAUUUAUUUUUUAAAUUGGAACUGUGAGUGAAGUUAUAUUAUGAAUGAAUUAUUGAACUGUAUAUAUUCAAAACUAUAUUUAAAAGGCCUGGUGACUUCGUACGUGACACACAAGGACAAUGCACAAACAACCAAGGUUGCAUUUACAAGAUAGUCGUUCUGUUAACUGAAUGAUUUUUGAGUGGUGUUUUAUAAGAAAUUUGGAUUUAACAUGUCCAACAAGAAACAACCUCAGUUUGUCUCGAAGCCGUCUCCCUCAGACACCGGUUCAAAUACCGCUAUUCCGCCCCGUUAUCAACCGCCCCCAUUGCCAGCAUCCGGGACAGGAAUACUCAAACAUACUGCAAUAAAAGAUGCAAAACUAUUCGUUCCUAAAGGCCAAGAAAACCUAAAGAAUCCUUCAGAUCCUGCGAAUUCUAACAAGUAUUAUCCUACUGCAGUAUCUGUUAAACAGUUUCACCCUUAUCCAGUCGGAGGACCAUCUCAAGCCCGUCCCAAUCCUAGGACCUUCGAAGAGGAUCUGAGGGUACAUUCUCAAAUUCAUCAAGAUUUGAUUAGAAAUCCUCCACAAAGAUUGGAUGAAGCUGGAAUUCCACAGCAUCCUCAAGAUUUACGACUCCAUCAGAUCAGAGCAGGUGUUCGUGGUUUUACAGAAGAAGAUUUUCAUAGAAUUACUCCAGGUAAAGUCAGUAUUAAAAUUCAUUAAAGACAUUUACAAACGGCAGUUCAAUAUUGUUUGCAGUUUACUUAUUUAAUCGUUUUAUUUUAUUUUUUUUUGAGAUAUUUAGUGU